AUGUCGGGCCAGAGGGUCUUAAAGCGUCUAGUGGUUCUGGUCGACGGGAGCGAGAAGCGGGAGAAUAAAAUAGACACGAAUCAAUCAAGUAUCCAAAGGCUCAAGCAGCUGGUUCGAGAAGGUGCCUGUCAUUCAUCAGGACGCGUGCUCACUCAGAUACCAAGAUGCUAUGUCAGUGCAGCGAGCGCGCCCAAGUUGAGCGACAAAUUCAGGUCAAAAUCCACGAGCGAUGACACGGCAGAUCUCAUCAAGACCAUCGUCAAGGACGUCUCCUCGACGCUCGAAAGCCCUGAAGACGAGCUCUGGCUGUACGGAUCAGGCCAUGGCGCCUUUGUGGCCCGCGCAGUCGCUGGAAUCGUCCACCGUAUGGGCUUACUAAAGACGCAGUUUGUGGAACAAUUCGAUGAUUUGUUCGAUGACUUUUUUGAGUCAACCUUGGCACUCAUCAAAGCCGAACUUGAGGACGAUUUUCGACAUGGCCCUCAACUCAUGGAAAAGAUCAAGGCCCAUGCCAAUGGGCGACCUAGGAUACCCUUCGUCGGUCUGUUCGACACAGUCAUGCUCACUUUACCAAAGACAUCCUACGACAUCUCGCUUGUUUCUUCUAUCGAAAUUCUCCGGCAUGCGCUCGCAAUGAACGAAAAUCGGUCCAGCAGGACACCGCAGAUACUCAAGAUUCCCGAUGAUGCCGAGACGUCCAGGCAGUCGCUUAUCCAGGCUUGGUUUCUGGGAAGGAAUGACGACUUGUGUGGCGGCACAGCAAACGAUGGCCUGUCUCUCUAUCCCCUCCAGUGGAUCGUCCUCGAGAGCAUAUACGCCGGUCUGAGCUUGCUCUCCAGGGAGAAUUCAACCACCGGCGAUAGUCCCCUGUCCCUUGUGUUUCCCCAAUAUGCUGGCAAUCUGCCCAAUCUAGACGUGUCAGAAGACAUAGAGUGGCGUCUCUGGUAUACAAACGGCAUCAAGGUCAGCAUGUUUGACCUCCAAAGCACUCAUGCGGCGCGGUUGGCGGGAGGUGAUAUUCACAGCUUGAAACUCGACCCAGAGCGCUAUUCACGCCGUGCAACGCGCAAAGUCUUUGAGUUAGACCGACUAAAAGGAUGGUGCGGGAAUGGUCCGUAUGGCACCAUCAUCCACCCGUCGCUAUUCUGCAUUCUUGACAGAUACCCUCGGCACCUUGAGCUUCCCAGCUUCAAGCUUUUAAAGGCAAAUAUCUCAAACUUUCAGGAUAUGUGCUUGGUCGAGAACAACAACAAGAUCGCUCCAUGGCUCUUGGACUUGCAACUCCAAGCAAGCGGUGUCAAAGCGUUCCGCAUCUUGGUCUGUGGCAAGUCUGGAGUGGGAAAAUCGACGCUCAUCAACAAGGUGUUUGGCGUGAAAAUGACCGAGGAGUCUUUAUCAUACGAGCAGGGAGUUCACGAUAUCAACGUCGCCUUUGAGUCCCCGUGGCAUCCAGGACUACUCAUUCACGACUCUAGAGGCUGGCAAGCGGGCAGUGAUGCAGAACUCGACUUGAUUGCAAAAUUUCUCAGGCACCGAGCCUUCCAAGAAGACCCUGCAAAAGCCCUCCAUGUUAUCUGGUUCUGCGUAGAUGCCGAUGUGAGCCGUAUCGAAGAAGCAGACAAGAGAACCUUUGCAACGAUUGCCCAAUUCUCACAUCAAGUUCCCGUAUUCGUAGUUGGGACAAAGAAGGACAAGCUUACCGGCUACUGCAAGAUGAAGUUUUUAGAGGAGCUCAUGGAGAAGACCAACGACUACAGCGAGGCCAAGAAGCUUGCAGAGGAAAAGGCCAACGCGAUGGCCGAGGCACAGUUUGCCGAGCUCAGGACUCAACUCUCGCAGAUCGAACAAUACAAGGCCGAUGGCUACUGCUGUCUUUCCAAAGAUGAUGAUGCCGGUGUCAAGGAUCUCCUCUCCCAAACCCUCGGACUCAUUGUCGACGAACGCGUACGUCUCUUUUGUGUUGCCGCUCAAGUCGUUGAUGUUGAACAGAAGAUCAACUCAGCGAUUAUAGAGUGUAUGAGACUAGGCACUCACGCAAUUCGAACGGCUGCUGUCCCCCUCCCCUUCUCUGGCAUGAUCGGAACUCCAACAGUAUCACGACUAAUUUGCGAACACGUCCUACAAUGCUUCGGAUUCCCCAAAGCUGCCCCCACUGAGGUCGAGCAGAUCAUGAAGGACAUUGUUUUGGGGAACCUGAGGAGCUUCAUGGCGGAGUCUCUGGCACAAUUCGCGACCGUCAGCGCUGUUGCCGUAGGAGUGGCGAUACCGACCGCUGGAGUAGGCGUCAUCCUCGGCGCUGCUGGCUGUCUUUGGGGUCUUCCGCCUGCGGCGCGGAUGCUUCUGAAGUGUUCCUGUGACAUGAUUCUCAUCCUCGAGCGGUCUUUUCGAUACAACGGCAAAUAUGUCUCAGUGAAGCAGAUCGAAGACGCCGCCAAGUACUACAUGAGAACGACCAUCAAGACUUUCAAUGAGAAAGAGAAACUGUUGCGGACGCAGGUCCAUGACGAGAUAAACCAGCUCAUUCCGCUCAAGAGGUUGUCAGUCAGUUUCAAUUUCAACAAGCUGCGAAAUGGUAUCGAGGAAAUCAUCUACCGCAACCGCUUCAGCAACCCACCGGAUUACACGUCUCUCAUGAGCUCCUCCAGCAUUGCCCUUGGGAGUCACUCAAACGAACCCGCGGAGUUGUUUUCUGGUCCUGUGGUCUCUGCACUACCAGGCGACACGUUGAACCCUCCUCCUUCGCCGGCUGAACCAGCCUCCGGCAUCAGACAAAGGUAUUUGUUGAGGCCUGCUGUCGAGCUGGAUUCGACCGAGGUACCCAAGGACGGAGUUCCAAUGAAAACAACUAUGAUCGGAACAACUGCCACAAGUGACCGCUCCCAGGGGACCACAGGUAAACAGCUCCAAGUUCAACCGUCCGAGCUUGAAGGCGAUACCCUGAUUGGUGGUCCUGGGGAGGAGUUGGAAGCGCUUUUGCCAACUAGGUCCAAGACUGAGUCCCGCUGGGGAAAGCUAACAUCAUGGAAGAUUGGUACGAAGAAGUCGAAGACGAAGUGA